AUGCGACUGCUCCAAUUCCCUCUGGGUGAUGUUGUUCAUCCACAAUGGAAUAUCACUGCAGUGUCGUGCUUCGACAAGGCACCGCCUGUCAACAAGCCUGACCUUUGCCGCCCUCUACCUCCCAAGGAUUUCAUCACAGACCUCUGGAAUGCAUUACCCAACAUGCUUGCUCAUAGAAAGCACUCCAUUAGGUGUUGGCAUUACAUGGACGUACCUUCACCUCUCUGGGUGAUUCCGCUAUGGGAGCAGUUGCACUGCAUGCACACUGCAAAGAAACAAUGGAUUGGAGCAGAUGUCUGGCUUCACAGUCAAGUGGAGAAAGGUCAAGCUGCCUGCAACUGUAGAUCUACCUUGACCCUUGCACUUCUUUUGUCCAAUGAUUGGCUUUCUGAGGCAGUCGUUGACAUCAUGACUGCUUGCCUCGUCUCUUGGUUGCCCAAGGAACGACCCGACAUUCUCAUCAUGAAUACUAGCUUCACUGAUGCGAUCUGCUCUGUGCGUAAUAUCGCAUCCUAUGACAGUCUGCUGCACAAGGGGCUGCGCGACCUUGAAGAGAGCAUCAAGAAUUACAGGAUUAUGUACACUCCCAUUCAUCUCCAUACCGAGGAGCAUUACGUCGCAUUCUCGAUAAACUUUGAGACAAAAUCUUUCAGUUAUGCAUGGCAUCCAGAAGGACCGGUCUUCGUGUGGGCUGUUCAUGAUGAACACCAUCGAGCAUCAUGUUCAUUAUUUUAUCCUAGGCAUGUAGCAGAUCUUCAGCGUGCAAAGGAAAAAGAGGAGAAGGCCAAGUGGGAUAAGGCCUACCUCAAAGAAAGGGUCGAGCGAGAGCGGGCUGAGAAGCAAGCUAAACUUGAGAAGGAGAAGCAGGCUGAACUUGAGAAGGAGAGGCAGGCUGAGAUCAAAACGAUCGAUGAUCCUACUGCAACGCUUUCUGGUUUGCCCUACGAUGAUGAUGACGGCAUGAACACUGACAUGUCCUAUGGUUGUACCGUGACACACUCCAUGUCGCCUCGACACCACCCCCCCGUUGCUAUAGAGGUCGACAACGAUGAAGGGCGGCUUAACCACAACCCCUCACCCCCUCAAAAGGCAAGGCAUAUUAUUCCCGUCAUCAUCAGCCUCUUUCUCCAAGGUACUCUCCACGUCGUCGUCAUUGAUCACCAUCUCCACUUGAACCUCUCAACCCUAGAGGACAUUACCAACGGUCUUGGUGCUACAAGACUUCUUCAAGGGCUUGCUCACACUCUCCUUAUCGUGUCCCAUCAUUAUGUCAUCGUUUCCAAACAACUCAUGCCCAACUCAUUUUUAACGUCCGUAGUACCAUCCGCCAUUGCUACCCCCCCGUCGUAUUCUAUCACUGGCUAUCCAAUGCAAGUCUUGUCUCUCCCUGGCCCUUCCAGUACCUCGUUACAACUGUCACUUCCUCCACCUCUGAGAUCGGUUGCAGGCUUCGACAGGUUCAGUGGGCCCCCUUCCAAUAACAACAAGACUCGCUGGAUUAUACACUGUAAAUUUGGUAUCUCCAUCUGA